AUGGCUGUUAAAGAGAAGAAAUCACCAAAAUCAAGCCUCAAACUUCAUAGCAGCCACGUUUCUCCUCUAAAGUUUGAGAAAUUGUUCGAUCCAGAAGCUUUUUGGGACAAGGACCAAUUAGGUGAUGCACUUCACUGGAUUCGACAAAUAGUUGCCCUUGUAUGUGGAUUGAUAUGGGGUUCAGUUCCAUUGGUUGGGGGCAUAUGGAUUGUUGUAUUCCUGCUUAUUUCUUCUGGUAUUAUAUACGGAUAUUAUGCAAUCAUAUUAAAGGUCGAUGAAGAAGAAUUUGGUGGACAUGGAUCCCUUCUCCAAGAGGGUCUUUUUGCUUCAAUAACACUCUUCCUGCUGGCUUGGACUCUGGUAUACAGCUUGGCUCACUUUUGA